AUGACUUCAACAACAUCAACUGAUUAUUCUUCAGAAUCUAAUAAAUUAUCAUCUACAAACUCCCCAAUAAUUAAUAAUAAUAAUAAUAAUAACUAUAAUAAUAAUAGUUCUUAUUCAUCUUCAAUACCAAGACAACAUCAACAUUUAACUAAAGAAUCAAGAAGAUCAUCUUUUACUUAUGAAUUAACUUUACCAACUUCAUUUCAAAUUGAUUCAGAUAUGUCAGAUAAACCAAAUUUUCAACGUCGUUUAUCAGAUGAAGAAAUUGAAAAUUUACCUUUAUCAAUGAGAUUUAUACAUAAACCUUCAAGAUCAAAAGAAUAUUUUACUCAAUCAAGUGAUCGUACUAAAGAAAACAGUUUAUAUAAUAAAAAUUUAUCAACAAUAAAUAAAACUCCUCCUGAUAUAUCACCAACUUUAUCACCUUCUUUAUCACCACCAGAACAACCACCUAAAUUAAAUAAAAUUAUUACAAAUAUUGAUUAUUUUAAUCAUAAAAAUAAUUUAAUUGCAACAACCACCACCCCCACAAACUCAAAUACAAAAAAUAUAGAUGAUAACGCGUCAAUUGAAAUUCCUAUAUCAACUUCAUCAUCUUCUCCAACUAUUUCACCAACUGCAGAUUUAAGUCCAAAAUUAGGAUCACCAAAAUUAGAACAAUCUAUAACAUUAAAUGAAGAAGAAGAAGAUGAUGAUUUACCUGGAUAUAAAUUAGUUCGUAAAAAAUCAGGAGAAUUAGUGAAAUCAUCAUUAAAAAGUCCAUCAGAUUCAUAUUUUGAUAGAAAAAGGCCAAAAUCAUUACCAACUACACCAACUUAUAAACAAGUUCAUUUUGGAGGAUCAAACGAUAUAAAAUAUUUUAAAAAGAAAGAUACUCCAUCAGCAAUUUCAGCAUCGAAUUCACCUCAUUUAAAUCCAACUAAUGAUGAUUCAGAAUAUGAUAAUUAUUAUGAAGAUGAUGAAGAUGAAGACAAUGAAUUUGAUUCAGAUUAUACUUAUGAUAAAGAAUUUUCUAAAAAUUUUGAAGAUUUUCAUAAUUUUAGUUUAGCAAAUACACCAUUCCCCAAACAAUUAUCAGAAUGGGAAUUACAAUUAUUAAAUUUCCCGCCAUUAUCAUAUUUAAAAAAUAUUGAAUCAAAAUCUCCUGUAUUUUUGGAGAAACUAUUUAUAUCAUUAGAUAAGAAAUAUGUAAUUGGUCAUAUUGCAGUUAAAAAUUUAGCAUUUGAAAAAUAUUUAACUGUUAGAUAUUCAGUUGAUGAUUGGAUGACAAUAAUUGAGAUUCCAACUACUUAUACAAAUGAUACAUUAGAAGUUUUAAAAGAUAAUGAUUAUGAUAGAUUUAUUUUCAAAAUUCCAAUAAAUAAUUUAUUUAAUAGUUUUAAAUUUUCAAAAUUUAAUUCUAGUACUUCAUCAUUGGAGGAUAUUUCAAAUAAUCAAUCUCAAAAUAAUAAUACUACUACUUCUACCGGUCAUGUUAAAAAUGAAAGAAUUUAUCAAUUAUGUAUAAAAUAUUACGUUCAAGGUAAAGAGUUCUGGGAUAAUAAUAAUUUUAAAAAUUAUCAUAUCAAAUUAAUAAAGCAUAAUAAAAAUAAAUCAAAUAAUAAAUUUAAACUUGAUACUAGCAAUAAAGAUAAUAUUUUUAAUUUUAAUUCUGCAAUUCAUAAAGAUAGUAAAAUUCAAGAUCAUUCAAAAAAGCCAAGAUAUUCAUCAUCAUAUCUCAAGAAAACAAAUUCAGAUUCUAAUAUUCAUGAUUCUCAACACUCUCAAUUCAAUUUCCAUCAUGAUGAAAAUGAACAAAAUAAUGAUUUUGAUUAUAUAAAGAAUAAUUUUUACUUAUCAUCUCCACUAUUAUCAUCAAUCAAUAACAAGUCAAGUUCAGAAAAAUAUCGAGAUGAAAUAGAGGAUGCUCAAAUAGCUGGUAUAAAGAAAGCAUCCUCAGCAAUUACAAACGCAACUUCUCAAAAAGAUCCAAAUCCAAUUACAACAAACGAAAUCAAUCCUUCAUUAGCAACAAAUUUAAAUUCAAAAAAUAAUCUUAAUUUAAACACUAAAAAACAAAAUAAUGUAAUUAAAACUCCUUCAUCUUCAUCAAAUGAUAUGAUUCAUAAACAAAGUUAUCAAGAUAUAUUAACAAAAUAUUGUUUUAAUAAUGGUAAUACUCAUAAUUUUGAUUUUAAUCAUCAACAAAUCCCACAACAACAACAACAACAACAACAACAACAACAACAACAACAACCAACAGAAUCAACUCCUUCGUCAUCUAGUUCACCAUCAUCUACAAAUCUAAUUAACGUACAAAACUCAAAUGGAAAUAAAGAACAAAAUCCAAAAGAAGAGAAUAAUAAAGAACAAAAACCAAAAGAAGAAGAAAAAUUAAAUCAUAAAGGCGUUGAGAAUGAAAAUAAUAAAACCAACUCCAAAAAUCAAACUUUUACAAUUUCUUCAUUCUUAAAAUGA